UCUUUGGUCGGGAGUUUGAUGUGUACGAGUUCCAUGGAAUACUCUGUAAUUUUGUACAGAGAGUAUAUGAUUUUGUGGCGCGUGCUGUGCAUGAUGCUGAUCUUGUGCUGACGUAUGGUGGCGAAAUUAUAAACAUCAAGCAUGACAUGGAUUCGAAAAUUUCCUUACAUAUAUGUCUUUUAAGCUAUUGUCAGUUCUGGGAUUUAUCAUGGAAUCAGAAACAUGAAAUGAUUUGUUGAACUAUGGCGAAUAAACUUUUAAACGAGGUUAUUUCUGGGAGUAUUUCCUGGCAUGACUUUGUUUACUGGUUGACACCAAGCCAUGAAGAGACUCAAGAAAUCCGUUUUAAAGUUGACUGUAAUCAGGGAGACUUUGUAAUAUAUUUUGUAAAUCUUCUUCGGGAUGAAGUGUCCAGUAUUCUACAAAAAGCGUCCGAGGUUAAUUACACUCUCAAGAAAAAUUCUAGUUUUCCAACUCUUAAUGCCAAAAAAAAAGUGGUGUACAAUGGAAGGAGUGAAUGUUUGGCUAGACCACCCAGUGAACAUUUUAACAAUUCCUCAAAGCAGUCCAUCAACAUUUCUCCUGGAUGUGGAAGUUUAAAUAAAAGUUCUCUCUUAAAUAAUACUAAAACUAAAGAAGAUAACUCUGUUUUCAAUAAGUCUGUGGAUGGUAAUAAUAAACAUUUUGUAAAAUGUUAUAGUCUUUUAAAUGGAACAGCCAAACUGGGUACUGACCAUCUAAAUUAUGCAAACAAAAUUAAAGCAAAUGUGGUUCAUUCUGUAAUGCAUAAGACUGAAAAGAAUAUGGAGUCUACGUUUUUAAAUAGUUGUCAUUUAUCACCAAUUGCAGCUGAAUUAUAUUCAGCUACAAAAGAGAAAUAUUCUGGGCGUGUGAGUGAAAUUGAUUCUCCCGACCACAGGCUGAUUCGCAGAGAUUGUAGAAGUGGUUCUGGUAAGAGAGUCUCUCUUGAAAGAACAACAAGCUCUCCAAGUAAUACGUCCUUCAGCAUUGCAGAACACUCUUUCCCAGCAGUGGGAUCUCCAGCAAAGCCAAAUUCAUCCCGAAGACGUAGAAUUAAGCCAACAAGACUUGCUGAUUCUUUUGAGAAAGGGACGUCAUUGGAUCAGAAUAGAGCUCCUAAUUUUGGUGAAGUGGUGAGACCCUUGGAGCCAAGUACACCAUUUAGGGAAGAUGUCACAAUAAAAGAAAGAAAAGAAAGUCCCGAAACAGACUUUCGUGAUUUAUUGCGUCUUGAAAAGCAGAAGUUGCAACAAAAUGUUUGGAACAGUGUUGUGACUACCACAAAUUCACAGCCAACAAUGAUAGUAAAUCCCUCCCCAGACACUGUCAAGUUCAAAAAAGAAUUGUCUAUACUAGCAAAAAUGUACAACCUUUUAUUAGAUACUAAUUUGAUUUGUAACAUUGUAACAGAAUUCCAUUUCAUAUUUUCUCUUUUAAAUGUCCAGGAGGAUGUGAGUAGCUCUGAGUUAAAAGAAUCCACAUCUUUAGGAUAUUUCAUAUCUGUACAUGAAUGUGUUUUUUUUGCAACUACUGUAUUGAAUGAACAGAGAUUCUUUUUAAGUACUCUUGACAAAGCUUCUUUGAAACAGCUGUUAAAUAAUAAACGUAUUUCAUUAUUUGUACCUGACUUGUGGCAGUAUUUAAGUGAUUUACAUCAACGUCGCAGUGAUAGUAGAAGAUUCAUUGGUUCGUCUGUCUUUCACACUAGUGUAUGUUUUCAAUCUGACACUGAUAAUCGUGAAAAUUUUCCAAGUGAUAGAACAUUUGUUACAUUUCGGAAGCAGCGAGAUGCAUUUUAUGAAAUAAUAGGCAUAUGGGAGGAAAACCACAGUUCACCUGGGUGGUCUUUUGGAGUUGCUCUUGGAGCACGUGUGCGGAACCUCCUAUCUAUGAAUGAUGAGCCAGCAAAUUUUAUUCACUUUGCUCGACUUUUUAGAACCCAGCUUCUUGGCUCCUAUUGGAAGUCCAGUAAUGCAGCGAUUGAAGAAGAAUCAAGUAGUUCAUUGUCUGAAGUUCUCAAAUGUUUGAAAGAAGGCAAUCCUGAUAAGUAUUCUAGACUGUAUGAAAGAUUAGUGACUCCUGUGAAGACUUCAAAUUUAGGUGCUGUCUCAGAGUUUCCUGGACAACAGGAAUUUUAUAAAGAUUUCGUUGUCCAUGGUAAUCAUGCAAACUUUAACACUCAUCUCAUAGACAGCCUGUGCAAUGAAAUUGAGCACUUGAAUGCUUCUGAAUUUUCAGCAUCAGAUGUAGAGGAAGGUCCAGUGGUUGACAAAGAUACCAAGCAAGCAUUUGUAACGUGUGUAAACAAUAUGCAGUUACUGGCUAAAUUUCUUGGAUUUGUGCUCUUCCUUCCAUAUCGAUCAAAGAAUAAAAUGUCCUCAGCCUUAGUCGAAAAGCAGAUUUCAGUAAGACGUAAGUUGAGAACACCUAUAGAUGUUCUUUCCUACGUACAAGAAGCCAUACAAAGCAAGAAACUUACAUUGACAGUACCUUGGACGGUACAGUUCCUGUCCAUGGUGGAUAAUGUUUCAUACAAUUUGCCGUAUUAUAGAGAAGUCAUUUCUCUUCUCUGUGCAAUAUACCGAACACUCCCUUCUGUUUCUUAUCAUUCUCCUUACGGAUCUUUCAUGCUGAAGGUGUGUUUGGGUUGGCUGUUUGAACGGCCGCAAUUGCCAGAAGACAUUUUUUAUACAUGGUGGAUUAAGGAAAGUCAGUCUAGUGAAUUGGCUGUAAAUUCUGAAAAUUCGCGAAGUAUUGUUGCUUCUAUUGAUGAAUUAGAUUUCAUUGAAUGGGAUACUCUAAUGAUUCUGUGUCCAAAUCUCGAGGCAAUAAAAUGGCUUCUAAUGUCCGAUUCUAACAGUGGACGUAGUGUUAUGCCACCUCGGCAUAUAACACCUGUCCUUGUGGCUGGUGAGCAGACUUUACCAUCCUCAUCUCGCAAUUUAGAGCUUCAGCUUGAAGAAAACUUUCUGGAGGGCCAACCAUCAUCUAUUCGUAAAACUAUAGAAUUUGUGUCUGAAAGAAUUGCAUCAAGUUGUGUGAAAUAUAUUUGUAGUCAACCACUAACUGAAGUGAAGCAGAAAGCACUAAAAAUGCUGGAAGAUUCAGAUAAUAAUGAUCUUCUAUCGACAAAAUUACCUUUGGAAACUUCAUUAUUGGCACUUGAACUCAAAAAGUACUGUCAGAAUGUUAUUCCAAAAUUAUGUUUUGACAAAUGUUGUGGUGUAAUGCCUUUACUAUUGGCUGAAGAUGUUCCUCAAGAAAUAACGAACAUCUGUGUGCAGAUAGCCGUUCGUUUGAGCUUGGAAAGAGUUAACAUUUGGAUUAAUUCACAUAUUACCCCAGCUCUCUUUACCAAGCACUUGUCAUCGGAAGUGGACAAAGUGAAUCGCAACUCAGUUAAAACAAUAAAAUCCUCGCAUGUUCUUCAUGGAUGGAGAAAACUAUCAGAAAAAAAUGCCUUAUCACCAGCAGAAUCAAUUACAAUCAUCAGGAACAUGAUUUGUGUUGUAAUGGGGGAAUCAAAAGUACAGGAUGAUGAUGUACUGUCUACUCUGCAUUGUAUUUUGGACACACUGAUGUCUCGAAGAGACUUAAUUCCUUCAGCAGAGCGUGUUUUAGGCUCUCUCUCAGUUGAUUUGGCUUUUGCACUAGUUGCUCAUCAUCCGGAAUUAAUAAAGGAAACCAUUCUCGAGAAGUUUCUGAGUAUUUGGAUGACAAAGGAAGUUGUAACAUCACAUUGUUUUCAGCAUUUGAUCUGUCCCCGCAAUAUUAUGAUUUUGAAUAAAUCUGAAAAUGGCAAGAAUGUUUGGUCAGCUGCUGCACGUUUUUUACAUUUCAUUCUAAUAAACAACAUUAUACCACCUAAUGAGUUUGAAUCUCAAUGUGUUGCAAUAUUUCGACAUGAAUGGUCUUCAGAAACGCUGAAGCAUCUGGCAUUGUGCUUUGAAGAAGUUGUGGAGCAAUACCAGAGGACCAAUUGUGAUGCGAACUUUCUCUUAUUGCUGGAACUAGUAUCUGACUUGUGUAGAGAAAUGGACAAUGAAGAUUUUUAAAUAUUUUCAUCGCCAUUACUUAUAAACAAAUUUAUUUUAAAAUGACAAUAAAACUUUGAUUAUGUUUAUUUUAUUAUUUACAAUGAAAUCUAACCCUUUUUAAUCCUUCAUUUAGUUGAGCAUGGG